UUUUGAUUUGAUUUGAUUAGAUUUAUUUUAUCAAAAAAUUAUUUUUUUUUUUGACAUUGCUACUGACAUUCGCUCAUUUUUACAUUAUUACCUUCAAAUCGUAUUUGGAAUUUUGGGCAGCCAGUCAACAACAAUAAAAAAUAACGAAAAACAAAAAUGUCAAAACUUUUAUCCGGCAUAACAUUCACCAGUAAAGUUGUUCUUAUAACCGGUGCAAGUAGUGGUAUUGGUCGUGAAACAGCUAUACAUUUUAGUCGUCUUGGUGCUCAUCUUACAUUAAGUGGUCGAAAUUCUGAACGUUUAGCACAAACAUUAGAAGAAUGUAAUCGACAACGAUUAAAUUCUGAACAAAAAAUUAUCACCUAUAUUGGUGAUAUUGGUUCGAAUGAAAAUUCUGUAAAAGAAUUAAUGGAAAAAACAAUUAAUGAACAUAAACGUUUAGAUGUUUUGGUUAAUAAUGCUGGUAUUAUUGAAAUGGGUACGAUUGAAACAACAUCAUUAGAACAAUAUGAUCGUAUUAUGAACCUGAAUUUACGUGCUAUUUAUCAUUUAACAAUGUUAGCCGUACCAUAUUUAAUUCAAACAAAAGGAAAUAUUGUUAAUGUUAGUUCGGUAAAUGGUAUACGUAGUUUUCCCGGUGUAUUAGCAUAUAAUAUAUCAAAAGCUGGUGUUGAUCAAUUAACACGUUGUUCGGCUUUGGAAUUAGCAAGCAAAGGUGUACGAGUAAAUUCUGUUAAUCCUGGUGUUGUCAUUACAAAUAUUCAUAAAGCAAGUGGUCUUAAUGAUGAACAAUAUCAGAAAUUUUUACAACAUUCAAAAACAACACAUGCAAUGGGACGUGUUGGUCAAGUUGAUGAAAUUGCUUCUGCUAUUACUUAUUUAGCAUCAGAAUCAGCAUCAUUUAUAACCGGUGCAUCAUUACCUGUUGAUGGUGGUCAAGUAUUUUCCGAUAAAGUUAUGCCCGAUGUACGUACAAUUGUAACAAAUAAUCGUUUAGAAGUAUUACGUAAACAAGCUGAUUCAUUAAUAUUACAUCAAGAACGUUCACUUAGUGAAUUAGCUAAUAUGGAACAAACAUUUCGUGAAAAAAAACGUAAAUUAUUAGAAUCAAGUGAUGAAUUUAAUCGUCAAUUGGAUAGAUUUGUUAAACAACCAGCAUUAGAUCAGGAAAUGUAUCAAAAAAUGAUCGAUACAGCAAUGGAACAGAUACGACAACAACAUAAUAAUAAUUUAAUGGAACAAAAACAGCAACAACAACAACAAGAAAAUGGUAAAAUGGCUAUUAUGAAUGGUAGUAAUGAAGCGAUCAAAGAUGAAAAUCAGAAAAAUUCACCAGCAACAACAACAACAACGACAACAACAACAACAAUAACCACAACGACUGCAACAACGACAACGAUGGCAUCAAAUUCAUCAUCACAAAAUCCGGUUUCACCACCACCACCAACAACAUCGAUUCCAGUUGGUCAUAAUCUUAAUCAUCCAAAUCAGCAGCCAAAUAAUAUAACUGGUGGUUAUAAUAAUAAUAAUAAUAAUACUGGUCAUAAUCAUCAUCAACAUCAUCAUCAUCAUCAACAUUCACAUCGUCAUCAAUAUGGACCAACUUCACAAUCGUCUCCAGGUCAAGGUCCAGUUCCAGGACCAAUAUCAUCAUCUUCCGCAUCAUACCAACAUGGUCAACAACAACAACAACAACAACAAUUAUUAGGAUCAAAUGUUAGCCAAUCAAUGUCAACACAAUCAUUACAUUCAUCAACAAUAUCUGGUGGUAUACAAUCAUCAGCUGCAAUGGAAUAUGGUACAACAUUAUCAACAGCAACUAUUAAUCAAUAUGGACCAAUGAGUGGUAAAAUGUCACAUUCAAUAUCAAAUAAUAGUGGUAAUUAUUCACGUGGUAAUCAUCAUGGACAACAACAACAACAACAACAACAACCACCACCGCCUCCAUUACCACCUCAUUUACAUCAUACAGGUGUUCCACAUCAUGGACCACCACCACAACAACAAUCUUCACAAUCAACAUCAUCAUCAUCAUUGCCACCACAUUCAGCACAUCCACAUCAUGUUGAUAUGAAUUAUAAUCUUCGUAAUGCAUUAAGUGGACCAACACAAAUACAACCAAUGGUACAAACACAUCCAUCAUAUGGAUCAUCAUCAACAACAGGUCAACAAAAUACCGGAAGUGGUUAUAUACCUGGGGGUAAUGGUGGUGGUGUUAGUGCUAUAAACCAAGAUAUGGGACCAACAUCUGCCACUGCAUAUCAUCCUCAUCAUCCACAUACUGUUAGUGGUGCUGGUCCAUCUCCAAUGCCACAAUCUCCAUCAUCUCAACAUAAUCCUCAUCAUCCACAACAACAACAGCAACAACAUAGACGACCAACGGUAGUUAAUGCUAGUGGGGGUGGUGGUUUGCCUAUGAAUUAUGGUCCACCUUCACAUCAUGGUAGCGGUGGUGGUCCAAAUCAUCCUGCCAAUAUGUAUCAUGGUCAUCAUCAACAUGCAUAUCAACCAAUGAUUCCGCCACAAGAAUCAAUGCAUCCUCAUCAACAACAACAACAGCAACGCUAUGCUGGCAUGCCUCCAGGUGGACCGCCACCGCAUAUGCAAACACCGCAUGGUGUAAUGCCACCGAUUGCAUCAAAACCUAUGCAACAACAGAUGAACAAUUUGCCCGGACAACCACCAACAAAUCCAAAUGGUAAUGGGAAAAAAUCCAAAUCAACGAAAAAAGCAGCUGGUAGUGCAAAAGCAAACGGUGGUGCCAAAAAAGCAGCCAAAGAAAAAUCCGAAACAAAAACUACAUCGAAAAAAUCGAAAGCUGCGGCUGCAGCAGCUGCUGCUGCCGCAGCGGCCGCUGCUCAAGCUCAAGCUCUUUCAGCAUCUCAACAACAACCACCACCGACGGGACCUAAUCCAACAUCAGCGUCUGAUUCAUUAUCAAUGAUGGCUACAAUGGGUUAUCAUCAACAUCAGCAUCCACAUCAUGGUCAUCCACCGCAGCCACAUUUGCAUCACCCGCAACAUUCACAUCUUCCACAUCAACAUCCGCACCAUCCACAUCCACAUCAAUAUCCACUUCAUUCGCAACAAUAUCCGCAAUAUCCUCCUAUACCGCCGCAAUCGCAUCCGCAAAAUCAAUCACAACAGCAACAACAUCAUCCACAUGUUCAUCCUCAUCAUCUACCCCCACCACCACCAUCAUUACAUCAGCAACAACAACAAUCGCAUCAUCUUCAUCAUCAUCAACAACAGCAAAGAUAUCCCGGUGUACCACCGCAAUCGCAACCUCCGCCAACAAUGCCACAUCAUCAUCAAGAACAUCCAUCACAGCAUCAACCGCCUAUAUUACAGCAGCAUCAAUCACAAUAUCCACAUCCUGAUGCUCAUCUUCAUCAUCUUCAUCAUCAACAACAACAGCAGCAGCAGCAACAACAACAGCAUCAUCAUCCGCAACAUCAGCCACCACCCCCACCGCAUUUACAGAUGUCUAAAUCAUUACAACAACAUCAGCAACAAACACAAUUACAACCAUCAUCAGCCGGUAUUUAUCAACAUCAUCAACAAUAUCAACAGCAGCAACAACAAUUACAGCAACAACAACAACAACAGAAGAAGAAACAACAAAAACUGCUGCAGCAGCAACAACAACAACAACAAAUACAAAAACAGUAA